AUGGCGAAUACUCGACAACAGGAAAUGGAGAAACAGUGGAAAGAUAGUCAGUUGGCGAUUGGAAAAAUGGAGAUUAUUGUGCAAGAUCUUCAAGCAAAUUCUCAAUUGAUCAGCGAGAAUAUGCAGACUGUGGCUACAGGUACGGAAGAAAAUAAGGUAGCAGUGGUACAAAUUCAGUUGCAAAUCCAGUCAAUAAUAGACAAAUUGACUGCAAUAGAGAGCAAUAGAGGUUUGGUUGUUAAUGGUGGAGGCCAAGAAGCAAGAUUAGCAAGGUUGGGUAAGCUGGAUUUCCCUAAGUUUAAUGGGGAAGAUGUUGAAGGUUGGGUUUACAAAUGCAAUCAUUUCUUCGAAGUGGAUCAUACACCUGAGAAUUUGAAGAUGAGGUAUGCGGUGGUGAAUCUUGAAGGGAAGGCCUUACAAUGGCACCAAGGUUACUUGAAGAGUAACAAUUUAACAAUUGACACAAUCACUUGGGAUGAGUAUAGAAGAUCAGCAAUUGCUAGGUUUUCGAUGGAUCUUUUGGAAGAUCCUAUAGAGGAAUUGAAGAAUCUGCAUCAAACGGGCAGCCUUCAAGAUUACUGUGACUCCUUUGAUGCAUUACUAAACAAGGUAUCAAUACCUCAAGAUCAUGCUGUGAGUCUAUUUGUGGGAGGGCUGAAGAUGGAAAUCAGGUGUUUGGUCAAAGCUUUUAAGCCAAAAGACUUGAGGGAAGCAUAUGCUAUUUCUAAACAGCAAGAAAAUUUACACCAUGUUCUGUUUGGGAAUCUGCAUAACAAACGAUUUGCUUCUAGCAGUUCAAAUGUCCCAUACAAAUCUUUUAAUCCACAACUUAAACCACCUUCUGCAAUGAAUGCCAAUGCAUUACCAUUGCUUCCUAGUCCAAAGCCUGGAAAUCAAUUGCCAGCCAAAACAACUAGAAGAUUGACUACCAAAGAGAUGGCAGAAAAGAGAGAAAAGGGUGAAUGUUUUUGGUGUAAUGAAAAAUUCACACCAAGCCACAAUUGCAGAAACAAACAAUUGUUCAAUUUGGAGUUGACUGAUGAUUUGGAAGAAGAAGAAAUGGUUGAGGAAGAAGAAUGUAUUGAAGACAAUCCUCAUAUUUCUUUGCAUGCCAUUACAGGUAUUCCCUCAUUUUCAACAAUGAAAAUAACUGGAUCUAGGGGUACCAGGAAGUUAUUGAUCUUAACAGACUCGGGGUCAACUCAUAACUUCAUUGACAUUAAGUUGAUAACCAAGUUAAAGUGCAAGUUACAAAAAGUUAAGCCUAUGAAAGUGACUGUAGCUAAUGGUAAUCAAUUAGAAUGUGGGCUGAAAUGUAAAGAUUUUAAAUGGAUGAUGCAAGGGGUAUGGUUUGUAGCUGAUGUCUUAGUACUGCCCUUAGAAAAUUAUGAUAUGGUGCUGGGAGUUCAGUGGUUGGCAACCUUGGGAGAUAUAGUUUGGAACUUCACUGAUCUUACCAUGAAGUUUAAGGUUGAUGAGAAGGAAUAUGUGUUAAAAGGGACUGAAAAUAACAAAGUGAAGGUGUGUUCAAGUGAUAGAAUGGCUACUAUGUUGAACAGCCUAACAGGGGUAGUACAGUCACAAGUCUUUGCAUUACAACUAUCUCAAAUGGAAGGCCAACCAUCAUUUGGAUCCAAUGUGUCUGAGACAGUGGGUGAUGAGAACUUACAAGCUGUCAUAAGGGAGUAUGAUGAUGUUUUUCAAAUACCAAAGUCUUUACCACCUCAAAGAUCAUGUGACCAUCAGAUUACACUGGUCAAUGAAGGAAAACCAAUCAACCUGAGAUCUUAUCGAUAUCAAGCUUUGCAAAAGGAUGUAAUAGAGAAGAUGACACAGGAAUUGCUGGACAGUGGGGUGAUAAGGAGCAGCAAGAGUUCAUUUGCAGCACCUGUGGUCUUAGUUAAGAAGAAGGAUGGUACAUGGAGGAUGUGUGUAGAUUACAGGCAGUUAAAUGAGGCCACCAUAAAGAACAGGUUUCCUAUCCCAUUAAUUGAUGAAUUGUUAGAGGAGUUAGGGGGGGCAACAGUCUUUUCAAAGCUGGAUUUGAGAUCUGGCUAUCAUCAGGUCCGAAUGUUUGAGCCUGAUAUUCAUAAGACAGCUUUUCGAACUCAUCAAGGCCUGUUCGAAUUUUUGGUUAUGCCCUUCGGGCUAACCAAUGCUCCAGCUACCUUCCAGGCAUUAAUGAACCAGACUUUUAAAGAUUUUUUUGAGGAAAUUUGUGUUGGUUUUCUUCGAUGA